AUGAUCAAUUGGAAGCUUAUUCUAAGGUCAAGUGCUGCAAUUGUGUCGGCAUUGAUCAUACUUCAGCGGAUUCAUGAGCAGCUAAAUAAUAACAAAAAAAGACUCACUACUUUGUCUCCUAGGUCGAGAGGAGUGGAAUCUUUAAUUGGAAAUACUCCGAUGAUUGAGAUCAAAUCCUUAUCUAAGCUUACAGGAUGCAAGAUAUAUGCUAAGUUGGAAUUGAUGAACCCGGCCGGGAGUGCUAAGGAUCGUGUGGCGUUGUCGAUUAUACGAGCAAACGAGAAGCUAGGCAAGUUGAAGCCAAACCAUGGAGAUGUGAUAUUUGAGGGUACUUCAGGAUCGACUGGGAUAUCGUUUGCGGUUCUAGCCAAUGCUUUGGGAUAUAAGGCGCAUAUAUGUCUUCCAGACGAUACUUCGCCAGAAAAAAUGCAAUUAUUGAAGUCAUUGGGGGCAGAAUUGGAGCCAGUAAAACCUGCGUCUAUAGUGGAUCCGAACCAAUAUACAAAUGCAGCUAGGUAUGGGGCACAGAAAAUCAAUGAAGACCUGUCUAAUAAUAAAAAUGCAAUAUUUGCGGAUCAGUUCGAAAACGACUUCAACUGGCGGAUACACUAUAGCUCUACGGGGCCUGAGAUUUGGGAACAGAUGGAGGAAAAUCUUGAUGUAUUUAUAAAUGGUUCAGGCACUGGUGGUACGAUUGCCGGUGUCUCCAAGUAUUUAAAAGAAAAAAAUGAUCGUAUAAAGAUAGUUUUGGCAGACCCUCAGGGCUCGGGCUUAGCCAAUAGAGUAAAUUAUGGUGUAAUGUACGAUUCAGUCGAAAGGGAAGGGACAAGAAGAAGACAUCAGGUAGAUACUUUGGUGGAAGGCAUAGGAUUAAACAGGCUUACUUGGAAUUUCCAACAGGGAGAGCACAAUAUCGACGAAGCGAUUAGAGUUCGUGAUGAACAAGCAUUAAAAAUGGCAAAGUUUUUAUGUAUCAAUGAUGGCCUUUUCUGGGGUUCCUCUUCUGCCAUAAAUUGCGUUGCUGCAGUUAAAACUGCCUUCAAGUAUGGACCUGGCCAAAAAAUAGUGAUCAUAGCUUGUGAUUCUGGUGCAAGACACUUAUCUAAGUUUUGGAAAGAUGCUGCCGAGUUGCCUAACGAUAUUACACUACAGGAUAUUAUAGAAGAUAUUAAAUCACCUUGA